UUUCAGGGUAAUUUGGAUUCCGCCUGACGGGCAAAUCGGGUUCAAAACCGAUUAUUCACAUUUUUAUUGGAAUAUUUGAAUAUAUUUUUGUAUAAAUAAAAAGCAAUAAUGGACAUUCCGGGCACAAGUGGUACCAGUAAUUAUCAACAAUGGGCUCACGUCGUCGAAUGCCCGAUUUGCUACAACAUUUAUGAUAAACCGAUGCAGAUGGGAUGCGGACACACGCUAUGCUCAACGUGUAUUGGAAGAUUGGUAGAUCAAGUGAAAACCAACAUGGCAGAAGAACUCGGCCGCCCACGUGGCCCACUUCUACAUCCCGACGAUAUAGGUCCAGGCUUCGGAGGCCUUGGCGGGUUUGCCGAUCAGGAAGAUCAACCACAUUUCAUAGAUCUUCCCCGUCUAGAUCCACGAAUGAACCCAAACGAUCCGAAUAUGGUGCGUGGAAUUGUAGUCCUACCGAGACGUGGACCAGAAGCUCGCGCCACAGAGAUCAAGUGUCCAGAGUGUAGAAAGCCGACGCUGGUGCCGGCGGAUGGCCUACCUGUCAACUAUCGAGUUCAGGAAAUUGUGCAAAAAGUUGCUCCACUCUUCAAGGAUCGCCAUCUGGUCAAGCUGUGCAAUCAGUGUGAAGCUGUUCUCAGUCAGGGUGUCUAUUUCGAUUGUUCACAGUGUGAGGAGACUGGCCGAAAGAUCUGUUCGACAUGCGCGAUCCGAUUGCACAAUGGACAUCAGCUGGUUGAGAAGAAGGCGCUGACGUCGGAUGAUGUUCGAGAGAUGAAGCAAAAGAUCAGUGAUGCAUCACAUGCUGCAUUUCAAUCGCUUGAAAAUUUGAAGCCAAGACUGCAAUCUGUUGGUGGAACUAUAGAAGCAAAAGCUUUAGAUAAGCUCACCUCGCUCAUCAAAAUCUUCGAGUUCAUGCUCAGCACAUUCGAUUCGAAGAUCAAGGAGAAUUCGACAAUGGACGAGCUGAUGGAGGAAGUGAAAAAGGCGGAAAAAAUUUCAAAAGUCUACUCGGAAGCUGGUGGACGUGUUGAUGUGAUGCUUACGGCUAUCGAAUCGGCGUUCAAUUCCUAUUGGGAUCCUUUUGAGAAACUCAAGCAAGAAAUGGGAUUCCAAAUCGACGAGCCUACUGGUUCAGUGAAUCAGAUUCCUGCCUCGGAGGGAGGAGCCGAACGAGUGAACGAGGUCGCAGCUCCCGCAGCAGGCAGACCUAUUCCACAGAAUGCCAGAAAUUUACGAGGCGCGCUCAAUCAUUUCGCACAAGUGGCUCGUAAUCGAAAUCGUCAGGCGCGAGGAGUCCAGCAGCAGCAGGAUCUUCCAUUUCUCCCACCACCACCACCACAUCAACUUGUGAUGCCUCCACCCGCGAUGCCUCCACCACAACAUAUGCAGGCCCAACGGCUCUGGGGAGGUCCACAACCACAACGGAUGAAUCAACCAAUGAUGGCUCAAGUUGGUGGGCGCCCGGGACAGUACAUUAUGGGCCAUCCUCCACCGAUGCAUCAUCAAAUGCAACAAGGUCCACCGCGUAUGAUGUAUAUGCAUCAGCAACAUCAUCCGAUGCAUCAGGUGGAAGAUCAGAUGCAGCGUCAGCAUCAACGAAUGCAGCAACCGAACAUGAACAAUAUAAUGCAUGGAAACAUGCAAAUCGCAUUCCAACAGCAUAUGCACAACAAUGCCAAUGUUCCGAUGCCACCGCAAAUGCCAGCUCAUCCACAGCAACAGCAGCAGCAACGUCAUCCCAACGAAGGGCAGCAAUUCCAACAGGGACCACCGCCACCACCACCACAACGUAUACAGAAUCAUCAACAGCAGAUGCAGCAGUAUCAUCAGCAGCUUCAAGUGCAGCAGCAACAACAGCCGCAACCACGUGCGCAACCGUUCAGACCGCCAAUCCAGCAGCAGCAGCAACUGCAACAAAUUGAUCUACAAGCGAUGAACGAUCGACAAUUCCAACAGUUGGCUGAUGAAAUCGUGGCGGAGGAUCAAAUGGUACAAAAUGCUGUCGAUCCAGCAGCACCCGCUGACAUUCCUCGUGCCGAUUGGGAAGAGAUACAAGUUGCUCAACGAGGCGCCGGCGAUUUUGGAAUCAAUUUUCAUCCGGAACCGAUAGUUGAGGAAGUGGAGGAAGAACAACCGGAAGUCGAUCAGCAAGUUGUUGUUAAUGGACAAGUCGUUGAGAAUUAUCGUGCCGGAGAUAUCAAUAAUGUCAUUCAUUUCGAAGAAGUUCCCGUGGUUUUAGAGCCAGAUGUUGAUGGUAAUGUGGACCAUAAUAAUGGAAUUCUGGAGAAUAACGUUGAAGAACAAGAACAAUUCGAUGAUGUUCCACCGCAGAUUAACAAUUUUGUGGAGUUUGAUGAUAUGCGCGAGCAAGUCGAUGCGAUAGAAGACGAGGAAUUUGAGCCGGUGCUCCACAGAGCGGCGAUAGAAUUCCAAGAAGCAGCGGAUCAGGAUGCUCUAGAGCAAGAUGUUCGGGAGCGUAAUUUACUGGAUCACGAAGCCGAGAACGAGGAGGAAGACGACGGUGAUCUGCCUUACGAGGAAGAGGACGACGAGGAAGAAGAAGUUCAUGUUCGUAACUCAGUUGUUCGUCGUCGCGUCCAGCGCCCACGAGAUGCGGCGCACAUUUCGGAAGUUGAAACAAGACGCUCUGCUCGCAGGCUUGCCAGGAAUUCAAACAAUCCGACUGAUGAACCAUCCACGUCUUCUGGAGCCGCCGGUCCAUCAAAUCGCCCACCACAUUCUCCGACUCCACCACCUGGAAACAAAAGAAGAAGGGUUGAUAGAAAACCGAAGACUGAAGAACCAGAACAAAUGGAAACUGAACCAGUCGAUCCUGUUCAUCGUGCGCCAAAGCGUCGUGGUACUUCUGCUGCAUCGUCUUCCUCUAAUGGAAUGCCUUCGUCGUCUGCUCCAACAACUCGUAGCCAAACUCGUCUAUAAAUAAUAAUCUUCUCAUUUCGUCUAAUCACCUCAUCCAUGCUUUUAUUCUGAUUUUUGUCCAUAAUUUUCACCUAUUGUUCUAAAGCACAUUUCCCCCAUUCAUUCUUUCCCCUUUUAUUCACCGUCAUGAAUUCUCUACGGUUUAGAUGCUAGAUGCUCUCUCUCUCCUCUUUCUUCUUAUAUACUUGGUAUCUUCUAAAACUCUUUGCGGAUCAUUUUUUUCUCUACACGCUUUACACUUAUCAUUUCGAUUUUCGUUACAUCUUUUUUCUGUAAGCCUCAUUUCUACUUGCAUCUGAUAUAUUUCAACUUGUUAAGGAUUGCAAGAUAAUGUUUUGUAUGUUCGCUAAUAAUGUUUUCAUCAUAAAAGUUUUCAGCAUUUA